AUCAGCGAGAUGUCACUGUCUAUGGGAGCCGGGCAGUCUCAGUGUUCGCUGUUAGCUGAACUUUCCCCCCAGUGCUUUUCUGCUGCCCUGCUGCCCGAAACCUUCCUGAAGCUGCCGAAUAUGUGGCGACAUUGACGCUUCCUCCAAACCGGAGCCCGAGCAGCGGAGAGGACGCGCCCCGAUCUCCCCACGGAGAUCCCGCACGGCAGGAAUAACAUGUGUGGAAGUACUUGCUUUUGUUGAUCACCUGGCACAAGAGCUCCAGCUUAUUCAUUCUCUUCAAAUUCUGCUCUCAGAACAUGGGGGAAAACGACGAUGAAAAAUACAACCAAGCUGGCCAGGUGUUUGAAAACUUUGUACAAGCAUCAACAUGCAAAGGAACCAUUCAGGCCUUCAAUAUCCUCACUCGCCAACUUGAAUUAGAUCCUUUGGACAAUAGAAACUUUUACACCAAACUGAAAUCAAGAGUGACCACGUGGAAGGCCAAAGCUUUGUGGAACAAGCUUGAUAAAAGAGCAAGUCACAAAGAAUAUAAACGUGGAAAAUCUUGUAUGAACACUAAGUGUUUAAUUAUUGGAGGUGGCCCGUGUGGCCUGCGGACUGCCAUAGAGCUCGCCUUCCUGGGAGCCAAGGUGGUGGUGGUGGAGAAGAGGGACACCUUCUCCAGGAACAACGUGCUGCACCUCUGGCCCUUCACCAUCCACGACCUCCGGGGACUGGGAGCAAAGAAGUUCUAUGGGAAGUUCUGUGCGGGAUCUAUUGAUCACAUCAGUAUUCGACAGCUUCAGCUCAUCCUCUUCAAAGUUGCACUUAUCCUGGGAGUCGAAAUCCACGUGAACCUGGAAUUUGUGAAAGUCCUGGAGCCUCCUGAAGAUCAAGAAAACCAAAAGACAGGUUGGAGGGCUGAAUUUCUCCCCAUGGAUCACCCUUUGUCAGAGUAUGAAUUUGAUGUUAUCAUUGGUGCAGAUGGCCGCAGGAACACGUUGGAAGGCUUCAGGAGGAAGGAAUUUCGUGGAAAGCUGGCUAUUGCCAUCACUGCCAAUUUUAUAAACAGAAAUACAACUGCAGAAGCCAAGGUAGAAGAAAUUAGUGGGGUUGCUUUCAUCUUCAACCAGAAGUUCUUCCAGGACCUGAAAGAGGAAACGGGGAUUGACCUGGAGAAUAUUGUCUACUAUAAAGACAGCACGCAUUAUUUUGUGAUGACAGCAAAAAAGCAGAGUCUUCUGGACAAAGGAGUGAUUAUUAAUGACUCCAUUGAUACCGAGCUGCUGCUCUGUGGGGAAAAUGUGAACCAGAACAAUUUGCUGUCCUACGCCAGAGAAGCUGCUGACUUUGCAACCAACUACCAGCUGCCUUCCUUGGAUUUUGCAAUUAACCACUAUGGCCAGCCAGAUGUAGCAAUGUUUGAUUUUACCUCCAUGUAUGCCUCUGAAAACGCUGCUCUGGUGAGAGAGAGGCACAGACACCAGCUCCUGGUGGCGCUUGUUGGAGAUAGUUUGCUUGAGCCCUUCUGGCCCAUGGGCACUGGCUGUGCCAGAGGUUUCCUGGCUGCCUUUGACACGGCGUGGAUGGUGAGGAGCUGGGCACAGGGCAAACCCCCGCUGGAGAUCCUGGCUGAAAGAGAGAGCAUUUAUCGACUCUUGCCUCAGACGACCCCUGAAAACAUUAAUAAGAACUUUGAGCAGUACACCAUUGACCCAGGAACAAGAUACCCCAACUUGAACUCGAGCUGUGUUCGACCUCACCAGGUGAGACAGUUGUAUGUUACCAACGAGCUGCAGCAGUGUCCUCUUGAAAGAGUGAGCUCCAUCAGAAGAUCAGUGAACCUCACAAGACAAGAGUCAGAUAUUCGGCCUAACAAGCUUUUGACGUGGUGCCAGAAGCAGACAGAGGGAUACCGAAAUGUUCAUGUCACUGACCUGAGCACCUCCUGGAAAAGUGGCCUUGCUCUGUGUGCCAUCAUCCAUCGCUUCAGGCCUGACCUCAUAGACUUUGACUCCCUGAACGAGGAGGACGUGGUGAGGAAUAACCAGCUGGCGUUCGACGUGGCCGAGCAGGAGUUCGGCAUCCCCCCGGUGACCACGGGCAAGGAGCUGGGCUGGGCUGGGGAGCCCGACAAGCUGAGCAUGGUGCUGUACCUGUCCAAGUUCUACGAGCUGUUCCGGGGCGCUCCUCUGCGCGCUGUGGAUGCUGAUGAGAAGCAAAAUGGAGAAAAUAAUGAUCUUGGAUCACCGAAAUCAUCGAAUUUCAUAUUUAAUAAUUAUAUCAAUUUAACUUUACCAAGAAAACGGGUACCAAAGGCUGAAGGGAAGACAGAAGAAAAUGAGACCAACAAAAGGCGUCGGAAAGGACUCUUGGGUGUCUUUGAGCAGACUUCAGGCUGUCCAAGCCAGGACACAAACAAUGGGAAGGAACAGAGUGAUGGCAGAGAAGGAAUGAACCAGAACAAAGUCAAAUCAAUGGCAACUCAGCUGCUGGCCAAGUUUGAGGAGAACACUUCAAAUACAAUUCUGCGGAGACAGGAGCUGACGGAUAGAGCAGCCCUGCUCUCCUCUGACCCUCCUGUUAAUCCUGGCUUUGCUAAACCUGUGGAUGCCAGCCUUCUUCCACCUCAAGCCAAAAGGCAGUUUCAGGUGGUAGCUAGGAGUGAACACGAGCUCAGGGAACCCAAACACUCUUUAAAUGGUUCUGAUCAAAUGGGCAGGAGAGCAAAGACUGAGCACAGAACAGAUCCCCAGCCCAGUCUGGCAGAAUCCUCUGACAAUCUCGCAUCUGCCUGUUCUGCUGCAUUUGUACUUUCUGGAGUGCUUGAGCGUCUUCAGCACCUGGAGGAAAAAAUGAAACAGAAAAGAGCUCAGACCAUAGCAAAUAGGGAAUUCCAUAAAAAGAACAUUAAAGAGAAAGCAGCACAUCUCGCCUCAAUGUUUGGAUACGUGGAGUUUCCAAAGAAUAAGCUACCUACUAAAGGCUUACCCCAUUCUCAGCCCCCAACUCCCUCUUGCCCUCCACCUCAUCAUUCAGCUGCUGCUGCUUCAUCAUCUGUUGGUUCUGCUUCCUCUGCUGUUUCUUCUCAACAGACGACUGUAGGAAAGGUCUCACGGGCAAUUGGAGCUGUGGCUGAAGUUCUUGUAAAUCUGUAUGUGAAUGAUCACAGGCCCAAGCCACAGCUUGAACUGAAGCGGUCUCUGGACAGAGCUGCAGGUUCUUGCCCCAUUCCUCACUCUCCAUCUGCUGCCUCCACUGCUCAGAGCUGUCAGGGUUCUCUGCGAAAGGAAUUCCCCAAGUCCAUCGGGGGGAGUGACAUCUGCUAUUUCUGCAAGAAGCGGGUCUAUGUGAUGGAGAGGCUGAGUGCAGAGGGCCACUUCUUCCACAGGGAGUGCUUCAAGUGUGAAAUGUGUUCCACAACACUCCGCCUAGGAAUUUAUGCCUUUGAUGUUGAGGAAGGUAAAUUUUACUGUAAACCUCAUUUUACCCACUGCAAAAUCAGUACGAAACACAGAAAGAGAAGGGCAACAAUCCAGAUCCAUGGGAAGGAGGCGAUUGACACGUGGAAGAAGGUGGAAGCCAGGCCCACAGAGAUCAGCACAGAAAGCACUUUGUCCACUGCUAGCAGCCCAGAGGACAGGUCCCCAGGCUGCUGCCUGCCCGUGGCUGACGAGCCCAGCUCCCCCAAGAAGGCGAAGAGCAGCGAGCUGGAGCGCUGGCUGCCACCCCCGUCCCCCGAGUGGGCCAUCGUGAGGGUCAUCCCCGAGGAGGAGAUGGCUGAGCACAACCUCCUGGCCGUCAGAGUCAUGGUCACCAGCGAUGCCAGCAGCUCGGAGCUGGACUCUGACCUCAGCGGGGACUCCUCCAGCUCGGAGCCGAGCGAAGGCCUGCCCUCGCUGCCGGAGCCCCGAGCCUGCUCCAGCCCCAUCCAGAGGUGGGCACCGCUCAGCAGGAGCCCCGAGGGGCCCAAGGAAAGUUCCAGAACAUCCAAAGUCGCGGAUGCACUCCAGAGAGCCAACAGUUUUCAGUCCACGGCGUUAAAUAAGUAUCAGAAUUGGAGGAGAAAGAUCCAAACGAGCCUUCCCCUGCUGUCGAGCAGGAAGCCUGGGCCCCACGGGAAGGAGAGCUCAGCUGGCUGCCAGGGCGCUGCUGCCGAGGAGCACCACCGAGCACAGUUGGCUUCUUACAAGAAGCCACCAGAAGUUCCAAGAGGACAUUCUGAACCCUGCAGCUCAGCGUUUCAAAGGAAAGAAGAAGCCAGGGAGGUGCCUGAAGACACACAUUGCUACGUGCCUCACUGUCCUGUUCAGAGCAGCAGCACAGCUCCUCCACAGGGUUCUGUUGGGAAUGGGACACUGGCUGCUGGCUUUUGUGAGCCUGAGGACACUGACAGGGACACUGGGACACGCUCAGCCCAGGACUGGAAGGAGAAAGCACAGAAAUUCACCUCUGAGCCAGAGCACUUCAGCGGGAAGACAGAAACGCUGUCACCUCUGGGUUUGAAAGAGAAAGAUGGCAAAAAUACCAGGCAGCCAGAGGAAAAGCUUGAGCAAGAAUUAAAGGAGGCCAAAGAGGGGCUGGGGCCUGGUACUCAGCAGCAGCAGUGGUAUGGCUCACCCAGGGCACACCCAGGUGGGAGCAGUCCAGGGGAUGGGAGCAGCACACCCUGGGCUCCAGGGAAAAGGGAUUCUGCCUGGGGAAAAGGGAAGUUCAAACGCUCUGCUUGCCCUGGGCCUCUCUUGUUUGCAGAUGGUGCUGCAGCAGCUCCAGCAGCAGACACAAAGGAUGCUCUGAGGGCUCCAGAUGUGGUUUCCCAAGAACAUGUGGCCAGCCAGCCAAAAUCCCCCCUGAGGCUCAUAGCCAAUGCCAUCAAAAGGUCCAUUUGGGAGCCUCUAACCUCGGCUCCAGAAGGGUUAAAGCAGGACUCGGACAGCAAAGCCAAAGCCUCUUCAGAACAUGUCUUCUUCAGCUUCCCCAGCACUUCUGGGUAUUCCCUGAGGCAAAGGAACAGGAACAACAAUAACACUCAGUCACAGGAUCCUAAAGUAAGGGAGGGGGCAGGAAAACAAGGAGGAGAUGGGAGCCCUUCCUCGAGUCAGCCUCAUUCUCCUGUGGGCUCUGAAGAGAUGGCUCUAAGGGAUUACAGGGGAGGGGUAUUCUUCACACCCUACAGGCCUGCACCCCAUGUACCUCUGAAAGCAGCUUGCACCAGGAUGGAGGAAGUCCCAGGACUCCUAGAAAAGUUCACCUUUGAAGACAGUCCUGUAGGAGCUCCCCUGGAUGAAAUAUGUAUCCGUAAGAAAAAGUCCACUCUUCUUUCAUCUCCAGAGCCCAAGAACUCCUUCAAGGACACCCUGGAUGACUCUGCACAAAAAGGGUCACUCUUCAAUAGACUGAGAAGCAAAACUCGUGAAAGGGAACAGAAUUCCUUGGUGUCAUCUCUGCCCCUCAAUAAGGACCAUUCUCCAGAAAGGUCAUGUUAUCCUUUCACAGGAGAUGAACACCUACCUGUCAGAAAACAAGCUACUGAGUAUCCCACUUCAUCCUCUGACGAGGACUUUGAAUCCAAGUCUUUGUUAAUGCACAAGGCAGAAAGGGCUCUCAGAAAGAGAAGGAGGCUGGAGAAGGAGACGAAGCAGUUGAUGAAACAAGAGGAGCUGAAGAGGCUUCACAAAGCACAGGCAGUGCAGCGGCAGCUGGAAGAACUGGAGGAAAGACAAAGAGCUCUGGAGAUUUUUGGUGUCGAGCUGGAGAGAGAACUAAGAGGAGAAGCAGAUUCAGGCACAAAGGAUGAAAAUCAGAUGCUGCAUGAAUGGUUUGAACUGGUCAUGGAGAAGAAUAAAUUAAUGCGCUAUGAGUCUGAGCUCCUGAUUAUAGCCCAAGAGCUAGAGCUGGAGGACCAGCAAAGCAGGUUGGAGCAACAGCUGAGAGAGAAGAUGGCCAUUGAUGACAGCCUUAAAGAUGAGAUGGAUCUGAACGAGGAGGAUGAAAUUUUUACCGAGAUGAUGAAGGUGGUUGAAGAAAGGGACAGACUCGUGUGUGCCUUAGAAGAGCAGAGAGUGAAAGAAAGAGCAGAAGACCAGCACUUGGAAAGCUUUAUAUUAUCCACAGGCUAUCAGCUGAGCAGGAUUUAAACAGCCACAUGCAAACAAACAUCCUUGCAGCAGUAUUCCCUGCCACGGAGAUACAGUCUGCUGGGAAAUGAAGGAAUUCAAAUUUAAAAUCUGCUUAUUUGGGAAACAUGUUUUGUUAUUGAAAGCUUUAGAGUGGUUCUUUUGCUUAUGCCAGAGACAGUCAUUUCACUGUCAGCUCAGAGCAUCACUGGGACACAGAUUUGGGCUGGAUUUGUCUGUCUGAUGGGCACCAGGGUCUGUGAAAGGGAAAUCAGAGCUCCAUUAUCCUACUGGAAUUUUAUUUUAAAGCUGAGAGUGGAGUUUCUGAGGAACACAAUGACAUCAGUUAGUAUUUCUGAGAGAGCCUUACUUUCCAUCUGUUUGUCUCAAUCUCUGGGUGCCUUUGUUAAUAUUUUGGCACAGCCAAGCCAUGGUCAACUAUAGCAAAGUCAGAAAACAAGCACCUCAUAAAAACAGGGUUAGUCUUUAUUUCUGGUGGAGGAAGAGUCAUUUGACUAAUGACUACAUAUAAGCACUUACUAAAACUACUGUAAAUGCAAUGUCAGAAAUUAAUUUUUCAGGUAUUUAUAAGUUUUAUUGCACUGUGUAUUUUUGAACAAGAAGUUCAAGCAAUAUUAAAUCCCUGCAUUUUGUAAAAUGGUAAGGGAUUAUCAAAGGGGUGACUAUCCUUACAGCUGUUACAUGCUCAAAAAAGUUUCUGUAUAUCAGAGAUGAAGGUCUUUAAAACAAGAUAAAAGAUAAUUUGAAAAUAGUAAUCCAGACCAAACUGAUAUUUAUAGGGCAGACUUUACUAUGACAGACUUUACAAUUUCUUCAUAAAAUAGAUCAUAAAUUUUAUUGUUGGGUGUGAUGAAUGGUAUAGCAGUUAAUUCUCCCCAAGAAUGGCCCCAUAAAAGGACUGCAAAAAAUGUUGAGUUUUUAAUAUCAACAUUUGACAGAAAAUAUUGUGAGUGUAUUUAAAUUGCAUUUAUCUUGCUGCUUGAGAAUACAUGCAUAUUUUUUGCUUAAAGGGACCAUCUCCUAUCUUUUUUUGUACAUGCAUUUGUAGAUAUUGGCUAAAGAAUGUGCAGAAAUUCUCCUGAUUUAAGUAACUUCUUAAAUCUGAGAUAAUUCUGCAAUUGGAGAUUGGUAAUAUUCCCAACUGUCUGUGUGAUGCACUAGAUUUUCAAACUGGAAAAAACAAGGGGAAACUGAAAGACUGGGUUUUUUUUGGUGUUUUUUGAUCUCAUUUUACCUCGUGCUCUGAGAAGAUUUGAUGUUCUCAUGUUGUUGUGAAUGGUGCUAAUUUGCAGCAUCUGCCUGUGGUACAGCCAAAGAGAGAAACAUUCCUGUUAAAAAAGCUUUAAACUGAAAAAUCUCUGGGUGGGUACUGGUAAAGUAACAGACACUGGAUCCUGUCACAGUAAUUUAUGAGUUAUCUUCAGGGGUUUGUUGGGUUUGUUGGUUUUGUUGUUGUUUUUUUUUGGUUUUUUUCUCUAUUGCAAGAAAUUUGAAAUGCCCUUUCUAAAUAUAAAAGCAAGUUUUUGCUGUUGGCCACAGAUAAAUAAUAUACCUCUGCUGGUGCAAGCUUCAUGCAAUUGCUCUGCAAUGUUUAUUUAUAUUUAUUUAUUACACUGUUUAAAGAGGGCAAGAGUGUCUGGUUGCAUUUUACAGUUUGGAUGUUGUCUCUAAUUUUGAUUGAAAAAUGUGUAUUUCUAAGAGCUGUGUACAGCAAAGCUGUGCAUUGCAGAGUACACAGCUUUAUAAAUUGGGUAAACAAUUAGCAAUAAAAUAUGAAUUAAGAUUUUAAACAAUGUUCUCAGUGACCAUAACUUGAAGGGAUACCCUUAAAACACAGCAUUCAGGGCUUUAACAUGUAAUUUGUCUUUCAUCACAGUGAAAAGACAUGGAAGAAGGGAAGAACCCUUAAAUGUGUUCCAAAAUAAGCACCAGACUUUUUUCUUCCCCCUGUCAUUCAUAGGCUAAGCUAUACCUGAUCUUCAGAUGACAUUUUUACUGAGAUGGAUUGCAGUGACUGAUUUUUUAAACUAACUCUAUUACUUUAGACUGACACAAAGUAGGAGAGGCAGGGCAGCAAUAAAUAUAUUCAAUUUCUCUGUUGAGAUCUGCUGGUAUUUCCAGUUUUGCAGAGAAGAUUUCUGGGUUUUACCACUGUCCCCAGUCCUGCCUCAUGCAGUCCUGUAGACACAAGACAGUCUAGGAAAUGUCACCAUUUUCUGUCACAGUCAUCGUGAUUUCAAGGUAUUUUAAAAGAGUUUGAAAGAGCUUUUCCCAGGAGGAGAAUUCUACAGGAAUCUCCAGUUAUAUCAAAGAGUGUUUUUUUCACCUCACUUUUACAAUUAAGAAGUGCACUCCCAUUAGUGCUGCUGUUGCAGAUAAACCCUGGGAUUUCAGUUUACAGCAGAUACCUGCUCAGCCAUGAAACCAAACUCCAAAGGCUGCUAUCCCUUUAGCUCCAAAGAUUUGCAUUCUUGAGAGUAUCAGAGUCCACAGGAGCUGAGGGCCACCAGAACUCGAUGGGCAUCAAAAAUCUUCUUUGUUAAAGAAACGUUUUUCUGGGUGCCCUGUGGUUGUUACACAUCUCCACCCAAAACUGCCUGCUCUUGGGUGGGAAAACCUGUCAGGCUGCUGCUGCCCUGCCUGAUCCUAAGUACCUCACAGGAUUAGAUCCAAAAAUAAACUGUGCAAGUGAUUUAGAAAACUCUAAACUCCUAAAGCAGGUCUUUGUGUAUUGUGAGAGUAGACAAGGGGUUAAAGAAAAAGAGAAGCUAUGUGCACUGUUCACAGGUCAACUUCACAUGGUUGGCUUGCACUAGAAAUGUAUUUAACCACUGGUUUGGUUAUCAGUUUUCUUGCUGCUCAAUCUUUUCUGUAACUUGGCUGACUAAUUUAUAAUAGAGUUGUUAAUUUCUGAGUUCAUGGCACUGUUAUUUCAGGGUAUAACAUGUUGUGCUGGAAUGUACCGAGUGUGUCUAAAUGGGCUGCUGGUGAGAAAUUUUCUAUUUGAAAGAAUAAAAUUCUGUCUCACUCUU